AUGUCGUCUUCACAAGACUAUUUUGAUUUUAUCGACCUUACCGGUUUCCCGCAGGAAUUUUUAUGUGAGAUUUGGUAUGUAUCGCGAACUUUUCAAGUCAUGGUUGUCUCAUGGUUAUUCCUAAUUUAUCUUUAUUCAUGUUGCAGUACUUGUCCAAUGGUCGAUGCUAAAAUAUGUCACCCGUGUGGUCAUUCCGUUUGCGGUCACUGCGCCGAACGAAUGGUGGAAAACGGGGCAUGUAACUGCCAUAUGUGCAGGCAGCCAAGAAUAAGUUUCUGUAGAAACUUUUUUGCGGCUAAAAUGAUGCAAGGCAUGACAGCCAAGUGCCUGGGCUGUGAGAGGGAUUUUCCCCCCGAAGAUAUCAGGCAGCAUGUUAUCCACGACUGCCAAGAAAUCGAGCAGCACUGUGUCUUGUGCUCAACCAAGUUUAAGCGGGGAGAUGCGUUACAGCACAAGUCAGUCUGCCCAGAAGAAGAGAUAUGGUGUGCAUGUGGGCAACAACUCUUCCUUAAAGAGAAACCUCUACAUUUGAAAGCGGAUUGUGAUUAUGUCGACUUGUCCUGCCCUCUGAGGUGUACUUCCACCAUGAAAAGGUCAGAUAGUAAUGCUCAAUGUAGUAAAUGUUCAAAACGGGUCAAAGGUUUUUCGUAA